UCUUUCCAUGAGUCAGUGUGCGAGUGUGUUCCACUGCUUCUCACUCUUUGUCUCUUACGCAGUUCCCCAAAACCCUAAACCCUGAAACUCAACAAACUUCAACUCUGUGCUCAACUCAACGCAAUGCAAAAUCUCUUUGUCUGAAGGAACUAGAGAUGGCGAACGUGAACUUGUUGCUGAGUUUUCUGGUGGUGUUGGUGGUUGUGGCUGGAGGAGCAUGGGUGGAUCAGACUCCAUCGUCGCAUGCAGCUUCUGGUCCUCACAUUGCAGAUGUUAACUUACUAUUGCCACCAAAAAUGACCUUCCCUGUAGAGUAUAGGCUUCAAGGAAGCGACGGUUGCUUCAAAUGGUCAUGGGAUCAUCAUGAUAUUCUGUCUGUUUUGCCUGAGUAUAAUUCAAGUAGCAAGUGCUCCACUAGUGCAAGGGUGCGAUCGAUUGCCCCUUAUAGUGGUCGGAAGGAGACCGCGGUUUAUGCCGCUGAUGUGCAAACCGGAAUUGUUAUUCGCUGCAAAGUCUUCAUUGACAACAUAUCCAGAAUCCAGAUAUUUCAUAAUUCUAUUAAGCUUGAUUUAGAUGGGCUUGCUACACUCCGUGUCCGCGCCUUUGACAGUGAAGAAAACGUAUUUUCCUCAAUAGUUGGCUUACAGUUUAUGUGGAACCUUAUGCCUGAAGCCAAUGGUUUGCCUCAUCACCUUGUAAAUGUUCCUAUAAAGGAUUCUCCCCUUAGUGAUUGUGGAGGACUCUGCGGUGAUUUAGAUACACAAAUAAAACUUGAAGACAAUGGUGUAUUUUCAGAUCUGUAUGUAGUAAAGGGAAUUGAGAUUGGCCAUGAGAUUGUGUCAGUGCAUUUGCUGGAGCCGCAUUUUAAGAAUUUGGCUGAUGAGAUUGUUCUCACUGUAGCUGAAGCUAUGUCACUUGAUCCACCCUCACCAGUCUUUGUCCUUGUUGGUGCAGUCAUUCCCUAUACCCUUAAAGUCAUCCGUGGAAAUGUUCCUCAAGUGGUCACUUUACCUUCACCACAUCAUCACUGGUCUGUCUCAAAUGCUUCGGUUGGUCAGGUUGACUCAAAGACGGGGUUAGCAAAUGCAUGGAACUUGGGGAUGACAGCUAUCAUUGUUGAAGAUACAAGGGUUGCUGGCCAUGUACAAGUGUCUUCACUUAAUGUGGUCCUACCAGCUUCUUUAUGUUUAUACAUAGCACCUUUAUCUAAUUCUGGUGAUCCUGUGGAAGCAACAAAAUCUAUUCCUCUAAUGGCGCGUUGGUAUGUUGUAUCUGGCCAUCAAUAUCUUAUCCAGAUAAAAGUUUUUGCACAUGAUCAUGAUACACAAGAGAUUUAUAUUACAGAGAAGGAUGAUGUUAAGGUUUAUGAUAACCAGUCUGAUUACUGGAAAACAUUUUGGGUUUCAAAUGAUAUUGCUGUUAAACAUGGCUGGAGGAAUUCUAAAAUCUUGAAAGCUUAUUCACCAGGAAUCGGAAAAUUGACAGCUUCUUUGAGCUAUCCUGUUGGGGAAGAUGACAAAAAGGAGAUUAUCAAAGUUGUGCAAGAAGUCAUGGUUUGUGAUCAAAUAAAGUUCACCUUGGGCAAUGAUAGUGGAAUCAUCUUACUGCCCUGGGCUCCUGGCGUUUAUCAGGAGGUGGAAUUAAAGGCUAUAGGAGGUUGUGCAAAAGCAGCGAGUGACUACAAAUGGUUGUCUUCAGACACAUCUACUGUAUCUGUGUCAGCUUUUGGUAUUGUCCAGGCAAAAAAGCCUGGUAAAGCUACUAUUAAAGUGUUAUCUGUAUAUGAUUCUCUUAAUUAUGAUGAGGUCCUUGUUGAAGUCUCCAUCCCAUCUUCUAUGGUUAUGCUUCACUAUUUUCCUGUAGAAGCUGUUGUUGGAUCACAUCUUCAAGCUGCUGUGACACUGAAAGCAGUAAAUGGUGCCUUUUUCUAUAGAUGCGAUGCCUUUAAUUCUUUGAUAAAGUGGAAAGCUGGAAGUGAAUCUUUUGUAAUUGUCAAUGCAAGUCAGGAGUUGUCAUACUCGGAAACAGUGCCAAAUACUCAGCUCCCUUCAUUAGCUGAUGUCUUUCCCUGUUCUUGGACAUAUAUACAUGCUUCUAAUCCUGGUCAAGCUGUGAUCCAUGCCAUACUUUCUAAAGAAUAUCACCCAAACAGUCAUGGUCCUGUUGUCUUAAAAGCAUCUUUACGUGUUGCGGCAUAUCUGCCCCUUAUAGUAUAUCAGGCAGGUGAAGGAAACCAAUUUGGUGGUUACUGGCUUGACUUGGCUCAAGCAGAAAGUAAUAAGCAAUCACAUAGCUUAAAGGAGUUAUAUCUUGUCCCUGGGACAAAUUUAGACAUAUUACUUGCUGGUGGACCUGAAAAGUGGGACAAAGGUGUUGAUUUCAUUGAAACUGUGGAAGUCUUGGAUGAAGAGAAUGCCCUGGCUAAAGAUGGAGUUCUUGUGCAUCAGGUAUCUGGAAGCUACGGGAGUUUGUAUGGAGUUUUAUGUCAAACACUGGGAACCUUUAAACUUCUUUUCAGACGUGGAAACUUAGUUGGGGAUGACCAUCCUCUGCCUUCAGUAGAUGAAGCUUGGCUGUCAGUUAUGUGUAGCAUUCCUUCUUCUAUUGUACUCAUAGCUGAUGAACCGGUGAAUGAACGCGAAAUUAUUAGAGCGGCGGCUCAAGCUGAACGUAGUUCAGGCCGACUUCGCGAUGCCCCAGUUACUGUGGCAAAUGGGCGUGCUAUUCGGAUUUCUGCAGCUGGUAUAAGUGAUUCUGGAGAAGCUUUUGCAAACUCAUCUUCUCUCAGUUUGAGGUGGGAACUUAGCAGUUGCGAUGGACUAGCAUAUUGGCAUUAUGCAUUUGAUAUUGCGAAGUCAGACAAUUGGGAGAGAUUUUUGGUCUUGCAAAAUGAAUCAGGAUUGUGCAUUGUUCGUGCUACUGUUACUGGCUUUCCUGAGAGCUUGGUAGAUGAUACUUAUCAUCGGUUUCAUGAAACUGAAAAUGUACUGACAGAUGCAAUUCGCUUACAGCUUGUUUCUACCCUAAGAGUUGAUCCAGAGUUCAACUUGAUAUAUUUCAAUCCUAAUGCUAAGGUAAAUUUGUCAAUUACUGGUGGGAGCUGUUUAUUGGAAGCUGCUACAAAUAAUUCUCAAGUUGUAGAAGUUAUUCAACCACCAUCAGGAUUAGAAUGCCUACAACUAAUUUUGUCCCCUAAAGGAUUAGGGACAGCUAAUCUGACUUUAUAUGACAUUGGGCUAACUCCUCCACUAAGAGCAUCUGCACUUGUCCAAGUUGCAGAUAUAGAGUGGAUUAAGAUCAUAUCUGGAGAAGAGAUUAGCUUAAUGGAAGGAAGUUUGCAAACUAUUGACUUAUUGGCUGGUACUAAUGACGGAAGCACUUUUCACGCUUCUCAGUUUCUUUACAUGAAUCUUCAUGUACAUGUUGAGGAUAGUAUAAUUGAGCUGGUGGAUACCGACAACUUCUCAAGUCUUGUUGGUGGACAUGUUAAUGCACCAAGUUUUAAAAUUAAGGGGAGACAUCUUGGAUUUACAACCCUUUAUGUCAGUGCUACGCAACAUUUGGGACAUGUAAUACAAAGUCAAGCUAUUAAAGUGGAAGUUUAUGCAGCCCCAAGAAUAAACCCUCUUGAUAUUUUCCUGCUUCCUGGUGCGUCGUAUAUGCUUACCAUGAAAGGAGGCCCAACUCUCGGUGUUCAUGUGGAAUAUUCAAUUGAAAAUGAUAAAAUUGCAAGUAUUGAUAGAUAUUCUGGACGGCUCUCAGCAAUUUCUGUUGGGAACACUACAAUUCUUGCCAGCAUCUUUGCCCAUGGAAAUAUUGUGAUUUGUAAAGCACGGAGCAUUUUAAGGGUGGGAGUUCCAUCUACUGUCACAUUGUAUGUGCAGAGUGAACAACUUGGGGUUGGCCGUAAAUUGCCAAUUUAUCCGUUAUUUCCUGAGGGAAACUUAUUUUCUUUCUAUGAGCUGUGUAAAAAUUACCAGUGGACUAUUGAAGAUGAAAAGGUAUUGAGUUUUAAGGUGGCUGAGAGCUUCCAUGUUGAAAAAUAUGGGAUCCACUUUACUGAUUCAGAAGAAAGUCACGUUAGUGGUUAUUUGGAUGAGAAUGACCUUGGCUUUAUUAACGUCUUGUAUGGAAGAUCUGCAGGCAAGACCAAUGUUGCUCUGUCGUUCUCCUGUGAGCUUUCAACUUCUGGGUCAAAGACACAGUCAAGGUUUUACAGUUCGUCUUUAUCAGUAACAGUGGUUCCUGAUCUUCCCCUGGCUUUGGGAGUCCCAAUUACCUGGAUUCUUCCUCCCUAUUAUACAACUACAAACCUUUUGCCUUCAUUCUCAGAGUCUUGUACACAAUUUGAUAGUCAGAAUCGCAAAGGAACCAUCAACUAUUCUUUAUUGAGAAGUUUGGAGAAAAAUGAAGCACUGCAGAAAGAUGCCAUAUUCAUUGAUGGGGAUAGAAUUAAAACAACAGCUAGUAAUAGUGUUGCAUGCAUUCAAGCUAAAGAUUGUACCACCAGAAGAACAGAGAUUGCUUCUUGUGUCAGGGUUGCUGAGGUGAGUCAAAUUAGAAUAGCCAGUAAGGAGGUUCUGCUCAAUGUAGUUGACCUUGCUGUUGGUGCAGAACUUGAUCUUCCUACAAGCUUUUAUGAUGCUCUAGGAAAUCCUUUCUAUGAAGCAUACAAUGCAGUGCCUUUUUAUGCUGAAACUAACUACCCUGAUGUUCUCUACAUAAACAAAACAGCUGAUGGAAAAGGGAAUGUCCAUAUCAAGGCAAUUCGGCAUGGUAAGGCUCUUGUGCGUAUAGCAAUUACUGAAGCUCUGCAAAAAUCAGACUACAUUCUGAUUAGAGUUGGUGCCCAUAUAUAUCCUCAAAAUCAAGUCGUUAACAUAGGAAGUCCUCUUAACUUAAGCAUCAAAGGUCUGAGUGAUGAUGUUUCUGGUCAGUGGUUUACCUCAAAUGGAAGUGUAAUAUCAGUUGACAAGUUAUCCGGGGUGGCUGAAGCUAUUGGGGAAGGUUCAGCCCAAGUAUCUUUCCAGUAUGCAAGAUCAAAACUGCAAACAACAGUUACAGUAUUGAAAGGAGAUAAUAUUUUUGUGGAUGCUCCAAAAGAAAUGUUAACUAAUGUUCCAUACCCUUCAAAAGGAUACAACUUCUCCGUGAAGUUCAGCAAUACGUACGGUGAAAGCCUUGGUGCACCUGGAGGAAACAAGAGAAUUUCAUUCGAUUGUGGAGUUGAUCCGCCAUAUGUGGGGUACGUGAAGCCAUGGCUUGAUUUGGACACUGACAAUUCAUAUUGCCUAUUUUUCCCUUACUCACCGGAGCAUUUGGUUCACUCAGUACCCAAGUUAGAAGGCAUGAGACCAGACAUAUCUCUAUCAAUAUAUGCUUCUCUUAAAGAACGUAAACAUGUUUCAGGAUCUGCAUCAGCGCUUUUUAUUGGAGGAUUUUCUAUCUUGGAGAUGGGUCAGAAUUCAAUGCAGCUGAAUCUGACACCAGGCUCUAACAAAACUUGCAUAACCGUCUUAGGAAAUACUGAUGUUGAAAUUCGCUGGCAUCACCGAGAUUUGAUUAUGAUCAGUCCCAUCCAUAAAGAGGAUUUUGGCGUUGGAGGGUUUGCACGGUAUGAGGUCAAACUGCUGAAAGCCAAGGGAUUCAAAGAUAAAAUCAUCAUCACACUCCCAGCUAAUGGCCAGAGAGUGGAAAUAGAUAUAAACCAUGAACCUGAAGAAACAGCACCAUCCAUAAAUAAAGCCCUCUGGGCAAGCAUUCUGGGGUGUCUUCUGCUGUUGAUUUUGUCAAUUGCUAUCUUCAUACGUUUCUUGGACAAACCAGAUAGAUCUCAUCAACAAACAAGUGCUCGGGUCACUGCAAGCAUUGCAGCACCAUCAACUCCUGAUAGAAGCAGCCCAGCUAUUACAAAUGAAAUGUCUCCUCGGACACCUCAACCAUUCGUAGAAUAUGUAAGGAGAACGAUCGACGAAACUCCAUACUACAAGCGGGAAGGGAGGAGAAGGGUUAAUCCACAGAAUACGUUUUAAACUCGUGGACUAUCGAUCAUACAUUGAUAUACCUACCACUACUCACAUCAGAGGAUGACACAUAUAGGUGCCCCCGUGCACUCCCUGCUGUUGUAUAAUUUUUAAACUGACAAUUUUGUAAGUACAUGUAGUUGUAUUUGUCUUCUUGUUAGGUUGGUGUAGUAGUUAAAUUACCAUGCACCUGUGUCUGUAAUUGCAUUACCUUAUUACUU